AUUGAAAUGGUUUGUAGUAAAAUACUAAAAUGGCUUUCGCUAAUUGAAUAAGGAAUAGAUCAUUUUAUGAAAUAUUUUUUAAAUAACGCACACGCUAAUGAUGUUUCUUCGACCGACAUCAGAUGUUUAAAAAAAUGUUCAUCUUUUAUCCGUUAUUCGAUUUAUAACAGUAUUGUGUGUUUGUGUGACGAUUUAAUCAACAACACUAUUGUUAUCAGUAAAAACGUUUGUUUUUUUUGACUUAGUAAUACAGUGUGCAAUUUUGUAUAUAGAAAAAAUAUUGAAAUUCUUAUAAAAUAAGUGCGUGUUAAUGAUUUUCGGCAAACGUUUGUUUCGGACAACAUCCUGUUUGCUGUUAGCAAGUAAAUUGUCAUUGUUCAGUUUUUGCAUUGCAACACAAAGCUUGUGCUCGACAUCGUCAAGCCGUCUUUACUCCAACUCCACCAUGUCUAAACCGACAUACUGCUACGAGCGUGGUAGUUCUUCUAUAGCAUUUGUUACGACUCCCGAUGAUGAGACAGCCAGAAAGAUUGCACGAGGUUUGAUCGAGAAUAAAUUAGCUGCCUGUGUAAAUGUUAUACCGCAAAUUCGUUCGAUAUAUAUGUGGGAAGGCAAAAUCAAUGAAGACAAUGAAUUUCUGUUAAUGAUUAAGACCCAAAGCAGUCGCCUAGAAGAUCUUACGAAAUAUGUACGCGACAAUCAUCCAUAUAGUGUAGCUGAAGUUAUCACCACGCCUAUCGAAACGGGCAAUUCGCUCUACCUUAAAUGGCUGGAAGACACUUUGAGAAAGUAAGCCUGGUCUAUCAGUGUGGGGCGGCGCAUGUUUUCAUUUUCCAAUUUAGAGUGAAAUUUGUGUAGAUCGAAGCACCUCUCUAAAAAUAAAACCCAUUUGCCUAUUAAACU